AUGGCUAAAAAUCAUCAACAAGCUAAACUAAUACUAAUCAGUCUAAUCUUAUUUAUUAUGCCAUUUUAUAUAAUGCUACAAGAUCCUAAAUGCAUCUCAGCUGGUUAUGCUUGUAAACAAAAUGAUUCAUCAGGCAGAAAAUGUUGCAGCAAUAUGUGUAAGCAAGCAAAUAAUCAAACAAUGGGCGUAUGUGGCAAUUUAUGUAUUCUAACUGGCUAUCCCUGUAAAUCUGAUGGUUCAACUGGUAAAUGUUGUAACAGAUUUUGCUAUCAAAUAAAAGGCCAAACUAUGGGCGUAUGUGCCCCCACUAAAUGUAUUAGCACUGGCCAUAAAUGUAAAAGUGAUGGUUCAACCGGUACCUGUUGUAACAAUUUUUGCUAUCAGCCAACUGGCCAAUCAACUGGUAUAUGUUCAAUUAAGAAAACUUAA